AUGAAUGCUCAUAUUCCAUUCAAGUUGGGUCUUUAUAAAGAGGCCUUUCCUCAGCUAUUAGCAUUCAGAAUUACAACAACAAAACACAAUCUCAUUUGCUCUUGCUUCAUAUUUCAUGAUUACUAUGUCAAGUAUGAGGAGAAAUGCACCGAUGCUAGCCAGUGCAACGAGAGUGAGAGAAAAGCGCUACUUGAAUUUAAGCACAGCCUUCAAGCUAUGGAUUUUUUAGGCGACGACGCCCUUUCUUCAUGGAUAAGUGAGGAGUGCUGUCUUUGGGAUGGCGUUUAUUGCAGCAGCUUUACAGGAUACGUUGAAAUGCUCGAUUUUGGCUACCAAUCCCUGGUUGUAGCAGGUACAGUUAGCCCUUCACUGCUUAAACUACAUCAUUUGACUUCUUUAAAUUUCAGCAGUAAUGAUUUUAAUGGAAGUCUCAUCCCAGAGUUUUUUGGUUCUUUGAAAAAUUUGAUAUUACUGGAUCUCUCUAAUGCUAAUUUUAGAGGUCCAAUUCCUUCUCUACUUGGAAAUCUUUCAAUGUUGGAGACUCUUAGAUUGGGUGGCAAUAGUAGAGUUUUCAAUGUUGGAAAACUUGAGUGGCUUUCCCAUCUUUCUCGUUUGAAAGAGGUUGAUCUCAGUUUCACUAACCUGAGCAAUGCCAAUGAUUGGUCCCAAAUCAUUAACCAUCUUCCUUUGCUUCAAAAACUAAAUCUGAGAGAUUGUGAUCUUCCAAGCAUCUCAUCUUCUUCUGUUUCCCUUACCAACUCUUCAACAUCUCUCAACACUCUCGAUCUCUCUGAUAAUAAUCUCCCUUCUUCUGCCAUAUAUCCAUGGUUGUUUAAUGUUAGCAGCAACCUUGUUUCUCUUGACCUCUCAAGUAACCAGUUGAAAGGUCCAAUUCCAGAUGCUUUCGGGAACAUGAUGGCUAUUCAAGAACUUUAUCUGAGUGAUAAUCUUUUUAUAUUAGCAGAAAAUCAAGUUAGGGGCGAUUCUGGGUUGAAUGAAAUCGGAAAUCUACCAGAUUUUAGGGUUCUAGAUCUUGGGUACAACCUUUUAAAUGGAUCCAUAAGCAAAAGCAUUGGACAACUUUCCAACCUGCAAGUCUUGCGGCUUGCAGGGAAUUCUUUUGAUGGUGAUGUGAUUUCCGAAGCUCAUUUCUCAAAUUUUCCGAAUUUACAGGAGUUGGAUUUAUCGUACACUUCUUUGACUUUAAAAUUCAACACCGGAUGGAUUCCUCCUUUUCAAUUGAGUCAAAUAAAGCUUUGCUCUUGCAAGUUAGGGCCACGUUUCCCAGAUUGGCUUCGGACUCAAAUGGACUUCCUACUGGUUUUGGAAUACCUUGAUAUUUCUGCUUCAGGAAUUUCGGAUUCUCUUCCCUACUGGUUUUGGGACUCAUUACAUGGAUUAAAUUUCAUAAACAUGUCUUUCAAUCAAAUCAGUGGUACUUUUCUAAAUAAAUCUAUCGCCGUAAGACAUCUAGAUCUAAGCUCUAAUAAUUUCUCAGGACCAUUGCCAAGUUUUUCUUCAAUCUUCAUGGAGAGCAUUAACCUUUCGAAAAACAAGUUUACUGGUUCAGUAUCUCGAAUUUGCAAUAUUACAGCCGAACUUUUGGAAUUGCUUGAUCUCUCAAAUAAUCUAUUUUCUGGACUGGUUCCUGAUUGUUUUAAAAGAUUAUGGUCUUUAACAGCUUUGAAUUUGGCUGAUAAUAGUUUCGCAGGCUCACUUCCAAGCUCCUUAGGAUUUCUGACUCCUCUUGAAAUGCUCAGUUUACGUGGUAAUAAAUUCUCUGGAGAAUUACCUUCAUCUUUACAGAAUUGUACCAAGUUAAAAUUUUUGGACUUGAGUGAUAAUGAAUUGUCAGGAGAAGUACCUAUGUGGAUCGGCCAAAGGCUUUCACGGUUAGUUUUUCUUAGCCUUCAAAGGAACCAAUUCAGGGGAAGGAUUCCCCAUCGACUUUGUGGAUUGAAAUAUUUACAAAUCUUGGACCUCUCUGUAAAUAAAAUCUCUGAUACCAUACCACCAUGCAUCAAUAAUUUCACUUCCAUGGCAGAAAAAGUGAGUUUAGAUCGAAGGAUUGAACAUCACCUCUCAGAUGAAGGGAUUUUUGUAUCCUUCACUCGGCUUAGGUAUGUUGACGAGGCAUUGUUUACAUGGAAGGGAACAAAGCAACGCUAUCCACAACUUGGACUGCUACUAGCCAUUGAUCUCUCUUGUAACCAAUUAACAGGAGAGAUUCCUAAAGAAUUAAAUCGUCUUCAAGAACUGGUUGCAUUGAACUUGUCAAGAAACCUUUUUACCGGAAAAAUUCUUCAAAAGAUUGGGCAUCUAAGACAACUAGAGCACUCAACUACAGAGCUUUGA